UUGACACUGCUCCUGCAGCUUCCUGCUUCAAUGUGCAGGAGUGAGAAGCUCUUCUCCUUUCCCAAAAUCAGCCCCAGCCUCACCAGAGAUGGGGACCUGGUGAUUGGAAGCUUUCUCCCUCUAUUAGUGAGAGUGAGUAGUUUUACAAAAGCAGAAGUUUUUACAAGUCAGCCCAACAGGGACUGCAGGAGUUAUCAGUGGCUGCACAAAAACUACCAGCAGGCCAUGACCAUAAGGUUUGCUGUGGAGGAGAUCAACAGGGACCCUGUUCUCUUGCCCAACAUUUCUCUGGGCUUCCAGGUCUACAAUGCCUACCACAGUGAUAAGAGGACCUUGGAGAGCUCCCUGUGGUGGCUGUCUGGGCAGGGCCAGUUCAUCCCCAACUACAGCUGCAGAGAGACCAAGUCUGUGGCUGUCAUUGGAGAAGCCACAUCAGCCCUGUCUGUCCAGAUGGGGACCCUGCUGGAGCUCUACAAGAAUCCACAGCUGAGCUUUGGCCCUUUUGAUCCCAUCCUCAGUGACAAGGCCCAGUUUCCUUCUCUCUACCAGAUGGCUCCCAGAGACUCUUCCUUGCCUCAAGGUGUAGUCCAGUUACUGGUACAUUUUAAAUGGACCUGGGUAGUUCUGGUGACCACAGAUGAUCUCAGGGGUGAGGAAUUUCUUUGAGAAGUGACAGGGGAGAUGGCAAAGCAUGAUGUCUGUGCACCCUUGACAGAGAAGAUCCCUGUCAGUGAGAGAUCACAUGAAGAAUCAGAGCUGUAUUUUAUGCCUAGGAUUAUUGCAUCUCCAGCUAGGGUAGUGGUGGUUCAUGGUGAUACAGAUUAGUUAAUGGUUCUCAGAUAUUCACAAAUGCCAUUUUCUCCAACAACUAAGGUGUGGAUCACCACUUCUCACUGGGACAUAACUAUGAGACCCUACUAUUUUGAUAGUUAUGCUUUCAGUGGAGCUCUCACAUUUACGUACGUGACCAGUGAGGUUCCUGGUUUUAAGUCUUUUCUCAGGACAGUGAACCCUAACAAAGCCCCAGAGGACAUCAUACUUAAAAAGUUCUGGUUGUCAGUAUUCCAGUGCCAGGAUAAACAGGGGAAGAUAGAUCUACAGCAGUGUGCAAGAAAUGCUUCAUUGGAGGCUUUGCCGAUUCUUUUUGACAUGACUAUGUCUGGCCUGAGUUACACCAUCUACAAUGCAGUAUAUGCUGUGGCUUGGGCCCUUCAUACAAAGCUUCUGAUGAAAUCAGAGAUUGCAUCUGAGGAAGGUGGAGAAAGCUGGGUGCCUCAUCCUUGGCAGCUCUACUCCAUUCUGAAGGACCUUCAAUUUAACAACAGUGCUGGUGAUCAGGUGUUUAUGGAUGAGAAAAGAAGCUCUGAGGUUCAAUAUGACAUUAGGAACUAUAUGGCCCUUCCUAAUGGUACUGAACUCCUGGUGAAAGUGGGAGAAUUUAUCCCCAAGGCUCCAUCUGCUCAAGAUUUCACAAUAUGUGAGGAAGCCAUCAACUGGGGAUUGUUACGUUCAAAGAUCCCCCGUUCUGUGUGCAGUGACAGCUGUCACCCUGGUUACAGGAAGACAACUAUGGAGAAACAGCCUGUCUGCUGCUUCAGCUGUUCCCAGUGCCCAGACGGGGAGAUUUCCAGUGAAAUUGAUAUGGACCACUGUGUAAAAUGCCCAGAAGAUGAAUAUUCAAAUAAGGAUACAGAUCACUGCUUCCCCAAGGUUGUGGCCUUCCUGGAUAUUGCAGAACCUGUGGGGAUAACACUAGCAUUUAUAGCUGUUUCUUUCUCUCUCCUGACAGCCCUGGUUCUCUGGGUUUUUGUAAAGUUUCAAGAUACUGCCAUAGUCAAAGCCAAUAACCAGACUCUCAGCUACACUCUUCUCACCUCCCUCAUCUUCUGUUUCCUCUGCUCCUUGCUCUUCACUGGCCAUCCCACUGCAGCCACCUGCCUCCUUAGACAAACAACUUUUGGAGUUGUCUUCACUGUGGCCAUGUCCUCCAUUUUGGCAAAAACCAUUAUGGUGGUCCUGGCCUUCAGGGUCACAAGACCAGGGAGUAGAAUCAGGAUGUGGGUGCAAUCUAGGGUGUCCAACUCUGUUGUCCUGAUCUGCUCUGGAAUCCAAGUGAUUCUCUGCGGCAUCUGGCUGGGAACUUCUCCCCCCUUCCCAGACAUGGACCCACACUCUGAACCUGGUCACAUCAUCAUUCAAUGUAAUGAGGGCUCUGAUAUUGCCUUCUACUGUGUCCUGGGCUACAUGGGUUUCCUAGCCCUGGGGAGUUUCAUUGUGGCUUUCCUGGCCAGGAGCCUGCCUGACACCUCCAAUGAAGCCAAAUUCAUCACAUUCAGCAUGGUGGUAUUCUGCAGUGUGUGGGUCUCCUUCCUCCCCACAUACCAGAGCACCAAGGGUAAGGCCAUGGUGGUUGUAGAGAUCUCCUCCAUCCUCGCCUCCAGUGCUGGGUUACUGGGCUGCAUCUUUAUUCCCAAGUGUUAUGUGAUCCUGCUGAGGCCAGAAAGGAACACCCAGGAAAGGAUAAAGAAAAAAGUAGAUUCCAAGAGCUGA